AUGCCGGGCAAGAAGGAAGCAUCCCCGGGUGUGACCCGCAUGUCUCUCAGUGAGGACUUUGACGAGCUCAUUGAACGGCUCGAAGGUGAAGUGCAUAGAAAGCACGUUCAUCUUGCAGAGCUAUCUGGAAGUUUACUUCAGGCUCUAAUUGCGAAGGAAACCAUGGCGGCCGAACUCGCUGAAGUCCGGCGUGCCCGCAAUGAGGACUUGGGCAGAUACGAGAGACUGCGAGCUAUAAAGAAUGCCUUUCAAAGUGAGAGAGAUCAGAUGAGGCUCAAGAAGUGGGAUCUCGAGCGACAACUCGUGCAAUAUCGCAUGCAGCUUGAUGCGAAGGACAGAGAGAUUGCCAUUCUGAAGGCCAAAGAGAUCGUGCUCGCAUGCCUUCGCAGUACAGGAUCCACUGGGCAACAUCCGGAAUCGCACGAAGGUCAAACUGAAGAGAUGCUCGUCAAUACUUCUCUUGAAGGAGACAUCUUAUCAGACUCGAACAGCUUCGGGUUAACACAUGAGCCUGUUGCUGUGCAAUCGACUGAGCAAUGCAAUAAACGCCCGGCUGAGGACACCGUCAAUGGUGAUCAGGCUCGAGGCGCCAAGCGCGCCAGGCGAUCAGGACCCAAUCUUGUCGAGACCGACUGCAUUCAGAAUGAGGCUCCUCCGUCGUUGAAUCAACGAAUGCGCCAUGUUCCCUGCCUUCCGGAAGCCGAUAUACGCAAUGCCGGAGCUUCUGAAGCGCGCUGGAUCAAGUGGGGCAACGUUUCCCGGCACUUUGGAUGGCCGGCGAGUACAUUUUCCGCUAUCAAGCGCGGCGUCGACGCUUCCGGCCGCGACAUGAAGGUCCCUGCGAUCUUCACCAACAUUAAGACCAGCCCGGGGCUACCUCGUAUGCCAGGAGAGCGCGGUACAAUGAUCUGCGAUUGGGAUACGGUCAGUUUGGAACACAUGGGAAAGGUUAACUCCUUGUUCGUGCGCGCCGUUACAAAAAGCCCCUUUUGGUACAAGUAUGUCGGCAACUUCUCGCUGAAGCGAGGAGACCCCGUCACACCUGAGGAAUGGAGAACUAUGCCCGAAAAGACUAUCUCGGACUGGGCGUUUGUAAUCGCCAACCUACGCACCCCCUUCAAUAAGUGCGCACUGGAAAGACAUGCACGCAUGGCGUCGAGCCAUUGGGACGAGCACGAUCGACUCCAACCACCUUCGGACGACGACGUCGCGAGCGCUAUGGAGACUUUGCGCGCACUUCGUCGGGGAGAUCGCUUACCAGAACACCUACGUGUGAACGAGCAGACGGUUGCAGCAGCUUUGCGGGCCGGCAUCGUCACUCUGGAUGUUGUAGAGUUGCAUCCAGUGGCUUAUGAUGUCGGGCUUCACAAGAAGCUCUGCGACGUACAGAACGGCGACGCGGCAGAGGAGUUGCGCCAAAGUGCUCGAGCCAAGCCCGUACGACACGGGUAG